GUUCUGGAGUAAGACGAGAGACCUCAUGCACAGCUAUGCAGCCAUCACAGGAUCCUUCUGGACAUUAGAAGACACACUGCUGGGAUUCAUGUUCAAUAAACUGAUCUGGUGUGGACAGCAAGGGAGAAACAGAGGUUUUGACUAUCAGUCCUGUCCAAAAUGGUCAACCUGUUUGAAUCAUCCUGUGUACUCACUGUGGAAGCAAGCUUCUCAGAAUUUUGCUAUGGCUGCGUGUGGAAAUAUUACAGUCUUGCUAAAUGGAUCAAUUCAUCAUGCUUUCAACAAAAAAAGCAUGUUUGGCAGUGUGGAACUGGACAAUCUAAACCCAAGGAUGGUUACCCAUGUUCAUAUUAAAGUCACCUACAACCUAGAGGGACCCUUUUUGGAGUCUUGCACUCAGGGAUCCAUCCGUGGACUUAUAGAGAUUUUAAAAAAAACGAGGUUUCCACUGGACCUGCACAGACAAUGACUUGUAUGUUUUAAUUUUCUACUUUCAAAAAUAUGUGAAUCACUGAGUUCAGUAGUGCCUCCUGACCAUACUUAUGUGGGGCAGAUGCUGGGUCGUAGCGAUAACUUCUGAUUAAAUACCUAUAAGUUUUAUAUUCUAAUAGAUGAAUGGCUGUGUAAGUGCUUUGUCUUUUAUUUUGUAUUGUGAUUUUGUA